CUGUUAUAUUCUUGUGCUGCCUAUGAACAUCAUGUCCUGCUGCUACUGCACCGCACCCACCUGCCAUCCGUCCAAGGGUACGAGCUAGGCGAUGACAGGCAACCGAUCCCCACAGUAUCGCUGAGCGGUUACGUAGAGAAAGAAUCGCUGAAAGAAUGAAAGCUUUGCAAGAGUUGGUUCCUAGCUGCAACAAGACUGAUAGGGCAGCUAUGCUUGAUGAAAUUUUAGAUUACGUGAAGUUUCUUAGACUUCAAGUUAAGGUUCUGAGAAUGAGCAGACUUGGAGCAGCUGGUGCUGUGGCUCAGCUUGUAGCCGAUAUACCCCUAUUAUCCGUUGAGGGAGGUGGUGCUGGAGGUGGAAGCCAAGCUGCUUGGGAAAAAUGUUCAAAUGAUGGCACCGAAAAGCAAGUGGCUAAGCUGCUGGAAGAAGACAUUGGAGCUGUCAUGCAGUUUCUUCAGUCCAAGGCACUCUGUAUCGUGCCGAUAUCACUGGCAUCUGCGAUCUUCCCCACACGUCAACCGGAUGCAUCAACAAUUGUCAAAUCCGAUUCGAACAUGCCUUCAUAAAGAUCAAAACCAACAUCAGGAUGCGUGUAGAAAUCAUUCCUAGCUCACUCGCAAUAGCUGUUUUGUGCAUCGAACCAAGCUCCGACUCCGACCAGCAACGUCAAUCUAUUUAGAACAAACUUGGAAGGUGUUUUGAUGCUAUGUCCUAUGGUGUAAUGUCAAGGGAAAACAUAAUUCCAAUGGUGGAUUGAUGUAUUCGUCGUUCUAAUGUCCAAAGUUGGGGUGAGUGAAGGAUGACAAAAAAUAAUG